GGAAGGAAGGAGAGACCAUUCCCGAUUUCCUCUCGCCGUCGCCGCCGCCGUCGCCGCCAAGUCCAACCAUUCGACUUCCCCCAAGGGAAGGGAUCGCCGGGAUGCCGGCCACCGACUCCUCCUCCUCCGCCUCCUCCUCGCCGGCCCACCACACCUCCUCCUCCUUCGGCCGCUCCAUCCUCUCCCUCCGCCACCGCGACCACAACCACAACCACAACCAGAUCCACCACGCCUCCUUCCCGCCCACCCCCGACCACUCCUCCUCGUCCGACGACCGCGAGAUCGACGCCUUCCAGCGCCACGCCGCCGACCUCCUCCUCGACCUGCUCCCCUCCUCCACCGCCGCCGCCCCGGAGAUCCUCUCGCUCGACUGGACGCGCCACCUGCUCGACUCCUUCCUCAUCUGCCUCGAGGAGUUCCGCUCCGUCCUCUUCGCCGACGCCGCCGCGCUCGCCAGGGCCCCGCUCGACCGCCUCCUCGCCGACUUCUUCGACCGCGCAGUCAAGGCGCUCGACCUCUGCAACGCGCUCCGCGACGGCCUCGACCUGCUCCGCCACUGGCGCAAGCACCUCGCCAUCGCAGCAGCCGCGCUCGCCCCGUCCCCCGCCGGCACCGCUGGCCCGCUCGGGGAGGGCCAGAUCCGCCGCGCGCGCAAGGCGCUCACAGACCUCACCAUCCUCAUGCUCGACGACAAGGACGCCGGGGGCGGCCAGCGGAACCGCUCCUUCGGCCGCGCUCCCAAGGACGGCCAGGGCCGCGGCCACCACCGCCGGACCAGCAGCGGCUCGGGCUCGGGGUCCGGCUCCGGCUCCCACUUCAGGUCCCUCUCCUGGAGCGUGUCCCGCUCCUGGUCGGCCUCGCGCCAGCUGCAGGCCAUCGGGGGGAACCUACCAGUGCCGCGCCCGCACGACGUGGUAUCCACCGGGGGCCUCGCCUCCGCCGUCUACACCAUGGGCGCCGUGCUCUUCGUCACCGCAUGGGCGCUCGUCGCCGCCAUCCCCUGCCAGGACCGUGGCCUCCAGGCGCACUUCACCGUGCCCAGGACCGCCGCCGCCCCGUGGGCAGGCCCCGUCACCGCGCUCUACGACCGCGUCCUCGACGAGUCCAAGAACAAGGACCACAAGCACUCGCCAGGCCUGCUCAAGGAGAUACACCAGAUCGAGCGCUGCUCACGGCAGCUCAUGGAGCUCACCGAUGCAGCGCACUUCCCCCUCGACCAAGACAAGGAGGCCGAGGUGCAGGAGGCCGCGCAGGAGCUCGUGCAGGUGUGCGACACGCUCAAGGACGGGCUUGAUCCACUCGAGAGGCAGGUCCGGGAGAUGUUCCACCGGAUUGUGCGCACCAGGACAGAGAUCCUUGACUGCUUGAGCAGGCCCAGCACCAACACCACUGAGUGAGCUGCUCAACAUUGUGUGAAAUACUCAAAAUGCAGGCGCUUUCAAAUGAGGUUCAUCGUGUAGUUGGUGGUAGAGUACUGCUGUUACAAGAAGGGAAGGUUCCUUGGCCCAGUGCCCAAGAUAUAGUAACGUUUCGGUUCCAAAACUGCCUGGCCUCUGCCGAUAGUUGUUCAGCUUCUGCCUUCUGGUGACCACAUCUGUAACUGCUUCCUAGCACCGCUUGUCCGCUUCUUUUGUGUCUGGAAUGUGUGGUAGAAUGUUUUGAUUUAGCAGAACGAUUAGUGGUUUAUGUCUAGAUUUCGAUAACAGGGAAGCAAGAUUUCUUCUAGUCUCCCUGCCUGCAUUAUCAGCUUCCUGACAUUAUAUACUACACGCAGGAAAUGUAUGAUCGUACAUUAUG